AUGAAUAUCUUUGCCAAGAGUCUCCUAAGCAAAUCCUAGAGUGGAUAGAGAAUGUUCGCCUCAGUAGUCAGAAACAAGUUAGAGGCUAAGAUCGUAGAGCAGCAAAAGGUUUUUAGUGCCUUCAAAAAGGAACACGGAAAUACCAAAAUCGGAGAGAUCACUGUAGGUUCAGUUUGUGGAGGUAUGAGAGGAAUGGCUGGUAUUUUGUACGAAACUUCAAAACUCCACCCAAUUCAAGGUAUCAACUACCGUGAAAAGGAUCUCUAUGAAAUCAAAGAGCAAGCUCCAAGAGCUGAAGGUGGAAGAGAGCCACUACCAGAGGGUGUUCUUUGGCUUUUAUUGACUGGAGAGUUCCCUAAUGAGCAAGAAUUGAAGGAAUUCUAAUCAGAGCUUUAUCAAAGAGGACAUCUCUCAAAGGAUGAGGAGAGACUUAUCUAAGCAUUCCCAAAAGAUAUGCAUCCAAUGACUUAGUUCUCAAUGGGUGUAAUGGCUUGUCAACCAAAUAGUAAAUAUGCAAAGGCUUAUAGAGAUGGAGUACAUAAGAGCAAGUAUUGGGAGACUACUCUCGAAGAUGCUCUUGAUGUCUGUGCUAAGGUACCAAGAAUCGCUGGUUUAGUUUUCAACAACUCAUACGGACACGGCAAGCCUAUGCCUGAUCAAGACCCAUCCCUUGAUUAUAGUGCUAACUAUGCAAGAUAUCUCGGAAUCGAGGAUAAGAAUUUCUCCGAGCUAAUGAGACUCUAUUUAGUUCUUCACGCGUAUAUUUAUUUUAUAUUUAUAAAUUUCAUUAGUGAUCACGAAGGUGGUAAUGUCAGUGCUCAUGCUACUCAUCUCGUAGGUUCAACUCUUGCUGAUCCAUAUCUCUCAUUUGCUGCUGGUAUGAACGGUCUCGCUGGUCCCCUCCACGGUCUCGCAAACCAAGAAUGCUUGAGAUUCUUGCUAGAUUUCUAAACCAAGUAUGGAACCAAGUGGACCGAACACGAUAUUAGAGAUUAUGUUAGAGACACUCUUGCUUCAGGAAAGGUCGUCCCAGGAUAUGGUCAUGCUGUUCUUAGACAAACUGAUCCUAGAUUCAUGUGCGAGCUUGAAUUCGCUAACCAUUACAUUCAUGAUGAUAACCUAGUCAACCUUGUCAAGGCUUGCUACAGAGUUAUUCCAGACGCACUUGCUCAAACUGGCAAAGUUAGCAACCCAUGGCCAAACGUUGAUGCUGGCUCAGGAGCACUUCUCAUGCACUACGGACUCAAUCAAUUCGACUACUAUACCGUUCUCUUCGGAGUGUCAAGAGCCUUAGGUGUCAUGUCUGCUCAAGUAUGGAGCAGAGCCCUAGGUCUCCCAAUUGAAAGACCAAACUCUCUAACUCUAAAUCAUCUCAUGAAGAAAGUUAAGAACGAGCUCUGA